AUGGCGACUCGUGGAGCAGCGAGGACCUUGGCAGCGACCGCUGGCCGUGCCGGCCGCUUCCUCCACACCAGCCGGCUCCUCGCAGAUCAGGCGAAGGUGCGAUCCAGGGUGGCGGAGGCUUUGAAGGUGACCCAGAGCGCAGCCCACCAGUUCCCUGCGGACUACCCGCACCAUGCGGAUGCUGACCUCAAGAUGCUUCAUGAGUUGGGCAUCAACACACAGUGGGUGCAGCAUAACGCGCGUCCAGGCACUUUGUACGACGAGGCGCUCCGCUACGAGAAGGGCUCAGCGAUCCUGUCCACGGGGGCCUUGGCGGCCUUCUCAGGGGCAAAGACGGGCAGAUCCCCCUUGGACAAGCGCGUGGUGGAGGAGCCCAGCACUAAAGACGACAUUUGGUGGGGCGCAGUGAACAUCCCGCUGUCAGAGAAGACUUUCAAGAUCAACCGCGAGCGUGCCAUCGAUUACUUGAAUACUCGCGAAAGGCUCUACGUGUUCGACGGCUUUGCGGGCUGGGACACCGAGCACCGCUACAAGAUCCGGAUCAUCACCAGCCGGGCCUACCACGCGCUCUUCAUGCACAACAUGCUGAUUCGCCCCAGCGCGGAAGAGUUGGCCAAUUUCGGGGAGCCGGACUACACCAUCUACAACGCAGGCGCCUUCCCGGCGAACCGCGCGACGGAGGGGAUGACCAGCGGCACCUCCGUGUCUUUGAACUUCAGGUCCAAGGAGGUGGUCAUCCUCGGCACACAGUAUGCUGGCGAGAUGAAGAAGGGCGUCUUUACCAUCAUGAACUACCUGCUGCCCAGGGAUGGAAUCCUGAGCAUGCACGCCAGCGCCAAUGAGGGCAAGGAUGGCGAUGUGACCAUCUUUUUUGGGCUCAGCGGCACUGGGAAGACGACCCUGUCAGCUGAUGAGCACCGCAAGCUCAUUGGAGACGACGAGCAUGCCUGGACCGACAAUGGCAUCUACAAUAUCGAGGGCGGCUGCUAUGCCAAGGCCAUUGGCCUCACCAGGGAGAAGGAGCCAGAGAUUUGGGACGCCAUUCGCUUUGGAGCACUGCUGGAGAACGUGGUCUUUGAUCAGCGCACGGGCACUGUGGACUAUGACGACUGCAGCAUUACGGAGAACACCCGCGUCUCGUAUCCCCUGGAGUACAUCCCCAACGCCAAGAUCCCGGCCGUGGGAGGGCACCCUGAGAACAUCAUCAUGCUCACGUGCGAUGCCUUUGGAGUGCUGCCGCCAGUGUCCAAGCUCACCUCCGAGCAGGCGAUGUACCACUUCAUCUCAGGCUACACUGCAAAGGUCGCUGGCACUGAGGAGGGCGUGUCGGAGCCCACUGCCACCUUCUCCGCAUGCUUCGGUGCGCCCUUCAUGGUGUGGCACCCGGCCAAGUAUGCCGAGCUCCUAGCGGACAAGAUGGCCAAGCACAACGUGCACGCCUGGCUCAUCAACACCGGGUGGACCGGCGGCGCCUACGGCUCCGGGCACCGCAUGAGCCUCGCGGACACCCGGGCCAUCAUCGACGCCAUCCACUCGGGGGAGUUGGCCAAGGCGGAGUACGUGAACUUCCCCAGGUUCAACUUGCAGGUGCCCAAGACCUGCCCCAACGUAGACUCCAACAUCUUGAUGCCCAGCCAGACCUGGGCUGACCAGUUCGCCUUUGAGGCUGCGGCGGAGAAGCUGUCGAAGCUCUUCAAGGACAACUUCAAGAAGUUCGAGGCAGGAUGCUCCGCAGAGGUCCGAGCUGCUGGCCCUCACUGA